ACAACAAUGGCUUCGAAAGUUACCACCUCUCUCGCAUUCCUCUUCACUUUCAUUAUCCUCUCAUCGACUUUCGUUUCCUGCUACGACACAUCGAACCCCAGACCUACACCUUCAACGUCCAAAGCAGGAAAAAAAUGCCCGAAAGACACUCUUAAAUUUGAAAUUUGUUCAGAAUUACUCAAAGGUCAAACCGAUGUCGUUGCCAUCGAGAAGCGUCCGAAAUGCUGUAAGGUGAUGGAAGGACUUGUUAAUGUUGAAGCUGCUACUUGUCUUUGCCUUGCUAUUAAAGCUAAUAUUUUGGGCAAGAAUCUAAACAUCCCUCUCUCACUCAACUUGAUACUCAGUGCUUGCCACAAGAAGGUUCCAAAAGGCUUCAAAUGCUAAAUUUAAUCACCAUAUUUUAUUUUGCUUUAUUGUUUGUUUUAGAAUAAUUUGAACAAUUCUUCCUUUCUUUUAUUUGUUUUUGGGUUUAGAAGUA